GGCCGCCGCCUCCCGCGCACACACGGCCAUGGCGGAGGCCUCCUCGCUGGAGAGGCAGAGCCCUCGCGUGGCCUCCUGCCUCACUCACAGCCUGUGCCCCGGGGAGCCCAGCUUGCAGACAACAGCAGUGGUGUCCAUGGGCUCUGCAGACCAUCAGUUCAACCUUGUUGAGAUCCUGUCACAGAACUACGGCAUUCGGCAGGAGUGCGACCAGGCUGCAGGAGACCCAGGGAAGCCGGAGGGAGAGUUGGAGAAGGACUUCAUCUCCCAGAGCAGCGACAUGCCCCUUGAUGAACUGCUUGCCCUCUAUGGCUAUGAAGCGUCAGACCCCAUCUCGGAGCGGGAGAGCGAGGGCAGUGACACCACAGCCAAUCUCCCUGACAUGACCCUGGACAAGGAACAAAUAGCGAAGGAUUUGCUUUCAGGGGAAGAAGAGGAAGAGACACAGUCCUCGGCUGACGACCUUACCCCGUCCGUGACCUCCCAUGAGGCCUCCGAUCUGUUUCCUAACCGGAGUGGACCCUGCUUCCUGGCUGACGGAGACAAAGAGCCUGGCUCCUCCACCUCGUCCGACACAGAGGAGGACCCUCUUCCUGCCAACAAGUGUAAGAAGGAGAUCAUGGUUGGGCCUCAGUUCCAAGCUGACCUCAGCAGCCUGCACUUGGACCGCCAUGGUGAGAAAAUCUAUGAGAAUGACGACCAGCUGCUCUGGGACCCCAACGUCCUCCCUGAGAGGGAGGUGGAGGAGUUCCUGUACCGGGCAGUGAAGCGCAGGUGGCACGAGAUGGCUGGGUCUCAGCUCCCGGAGGGAGAAACGGUGAAAGACAGCGAGCAGGCACUUUAUGAGCUGGUGAAAUGCAAUUUCAACGCAGAGGAGGCUCUGCGGAGGCUGCGAUUCAACGUGAAGGUGAUCCGAGAUGGGUUCUGUGCUUGGAGCGAGGAGGAGUGCAGGAACUUUGAGCAUGGCUUCCGAGUGCACGGGAAGAACUUCCACCUGAUCCAGGCCAACAAGGUGAGGGUGUGGCCUGCCCUGCUCCCGCCGGGGCUCCACCAGCUACGCCUUGGGGCUGCGAGCGGCUUGGGAGCCCAGGCACGUCGCCUUCACCCCCCAGCGAGCUUGAGACUCACCAGGCCCAGGGCGGGCCCCUCUGAGCCGUGGCUGACGCCCUGUCGCCUGCCUCUGGCUUGCCACACGUCCCUUGAUGUCUUGCUCUGGUUCCUCUGCUGACGUUUGCUGGGCCACCUUCCGGUCCCCAAGAGAAGGCUCCAGUUUGGGGAGAGACAUUGCCUCGAGGUGGACUCUAGCAGUCUUGUCUGCUCGCGAUUCCUCGGUACUGCCCUGCUGUUCCUUGAAGUAGAGCCUGUUGGUUGGUGUGUUGCCCACCCCCAGCCUGGACUCCACCCUCCGCCGCUUGCCUUGCGGUCUGAGGGUCUCUGCUUUCCUCAGAGGACCCACCCACGGCAAACACUCAUGACCAGGGGCACAGCCGAGUGCCAGGUUCCCCUGCCUCCCCGCCCCCCCAGGCCUGGGUCUCUGCUGGUCCCUGCAUAUCCCUCGGUGAUGCCAUCUGCCCGUGGCUUCGUGCGUCAUGACUCCCAGAUUGACCUCUUGGCAGAGCCUUGGCCCCUCUGGUGUGCAGCCUGGGGGACAUCUACCUGGGCACAUGCCUGUGGCUCCGUCUCACCGUGGCUCCCCCACCUCACCUGUCAUCCAGUCUGCUGUCCUCUGUCUAGGGCUACUAGUGUGGCUCCUUCCCGCUGCUCAUGGGGACGUAUGUAGUAGAGAAGGGCCUGGCUGAGGCCAGGCUCGCAUUCAGGCCUCGGCGUCUUCUCCCGGGAGGUUGGAGUGAAUGAGGUGCCUGCUGGGGGCCAGGGGCCUGUGGAGAGUCAGGGGGCUGAUGGUGCUCAGCUGACCAUGCCCAGCGCUGUGACAGGCAGUGCUUGAUUCUCUUGUCACAUCUGUGCCCUGUGGCCUGAUGCAGCUCUCUGCUCACUGCGUUUUCACCACAGCCCAGGCCGCUUUCAUAAGCACGGCACUGUCGGCACAGUGCCGUUGUUUCCUUUGCGUGCCGUCAGCCACGUGCCUGCCCACCCUGGUUACGGCUGUGGCCUCCUUCUCCGGGCACUUCCGGUUUUUGCUGGAGCUGGCCCCAGGGAGAUUGCACAGGACUUCAUCCCCUGGCAAGAUGGGUGUGCGAAGGGGUCUCACUGAGAAGAUGAGACCAUCUACGUGUGUCCCUGUCCCUGCUGGUUUCCAGACUCGUCCUGGGCACCAGUGUCUGGUCCCUCAUCUUGGCCAACAGUGGUGUGGACUCUGGUGCCAUUGCCCUCUGCAGGCACAGCCCUGGGCUUGCCGUGGGCUGGUCCUCCAAAGUGGGAAGAUGCCCUGUGUUGUCAAGAGAGGGUUU